GGGCUGAGGCUGCUGCUAGGCGCUCUAGCUGGACGCGCUGGGAGGCGGCGAUCACAGCUGGGCCGGGACUUCCUUCCUCUACCGCAGGACAACAAAACAACCGGCAGCAGGCACUGAGCUCUUGGCAGCUGUCUGGGCGAGAAGCGCAGCGAUGGGCUCCGUGCUGAGCAGCGAUAGCGGCAAAUCCGCCCCCGCCUCGGCCGCCCCGCGGGCCCUGGAGCGCAAGGGGGACCCCGAGCUGCCCGUCACGUCCUUCGACUGUUCUGUAUGCCUCGAGGUGUUGCACCAGCCUGUCCGGACCCGCUGUGGCCACGUAUUCUGCCGUUCCUGUAUUGCUACCAGUUUAAAGAACAACAAAUGGACCUGUCCUUAUUGCCGGGCCUAUCUUCCUUCGGAAGGAGUUCCAGCAACUGAUGUAGCCAAAAGAAUGAAAUCCGAGUACCAGAAGUGCACUGAGUGUGACACCCCGGUUUGCCUCAGCGAAAUGAGAGCACACAUAAGAUCUUGUGAGAAGUAUAUAGAUAAGUAUGGACCGCUGCAGGAACUUGGGGAGACCACAACCAGGUGUGUGUGUCCAUUUUGUCAGAGGGAGUUGGAAGAAGAGAGCUUGCUGGAUCACUGUAUUACUCAUCACAGAUCAGAAAGGAGGUCUGUGUUCUGUCCACUUUGCCGCUUACUACCUAAUGAGAAUCCAGGCAGCUUUAAUGGCAGUUUAAUAAGACAUCUGCAAGUCAAUCACACUUUGUUUUAUGAUGAUUUCAUAGAUUUUAAUAUAAUUGAAGAAGCUCUUAUCCGAAGGGUCUUAGACCGGUCACUUCUGGAAUAUGUGAAUCAUUCAAACACCACAUAAUUUUAUUAAAAGGAAAGAGAAGGAGACCAUACACUUGCACCAUUUGUUAAGAUGCUGCUUGAACAAGUGGAGGGGAAUUGUCAAUGUUCGAUGGGUGAAAAUGUACAACACAGUUAUACAUUUGUCCAUGGUUCUUGUUAUAUUGUGUUUUAAAACUGCUUUCAUUUUGAUGGCUUACAUCUGUUUUUACAUUCUUGAGUUUUUUAGAAACUUAACAAAAAGUAGUCUCCAUCAGCCAUUAGUAUAUGGAAGAGAACAUAAGGCAGGAUAUGUGGGUGAAGGGUCUUUAUUUGCAAAUUGAAUGAUACUGUGUGUAAUGUUACAUGUUAAUAUCUGCUAUCAUGGUUGAGCAAGAUAACUAAUCUUUGUUCUAUGUAAAAAGAUGGAGAAUAAAACCAAGUGUGGACAUUCAAGGAAAUACAAAAUCUGUUCUAGUGCACAUCUAAUCUCUAAUAGGAUAAUAUGAGUAGCCUUAUAUUAGAGUAGAUAAGGAAAAUUUUGGAAGUCAACAAAGUCCACUUAACCACAUUGUAAAACAUAAUACUGUAACAAAAUAAAUUUUGUGUUAGGAAUGUAUACUUAAUUCUUUGAAUUUUAUAACUAUGCACAGUAAGAAUCUAAUAUUAUAUUUUUCAAAUAUUUGUAGCUUAUUAUUUAGAACUAUUUCUACAAGGUAGGCAGUUUCUUAAGAACCUGAUAUUUAUAGUAGAAGUGUUCACAUCCAUAAUUUUUAGUGGAAAACCCUAAGGGCUUUGAUUUUUUUUACUUCUUUUCCUUUAGAAAAAAUACAAAACAUAAAUACUGAAAACCAAACAAAAUGUAGCUUUUUACAUCAUUAUAAGGAAACACUGUUUUAGAACUCUGACAGCGACUCGGUUAUCCUCUGUGUGUCCAGUCACAUUUAUCAACCAUCUUCCCAAAUUCCACAGAAGUAACCACUACAGUGAUACCCAUUGUAAUCACCUCCUUGCAUUUCUUUAUUAUUACCCAAGUGUGUAUCUUUGCACACUAUAUUUUAAUCUUAAUCUAUUUAAAAUUGUUUUAUUGGCUACAUCUCUUAUAUCUUUUUAACCUAUAGGUUCUCCCUUCUUUCUUUUCCUUAGAAUUUACUGAAGAACUUCAUCUCAUGACCUAUAGAGUUUCCCACAAUCUGUAUUUUUGCUGUAUUUUGCUGACUACUCAGCAUGUUCCUCUUUCCUCUGGAUGUUGACACAUGGAUCUAGAUGUUUGAAUAGACUCAGGUUCAGUCCUUUUUGGCAAGACUAUAGGUUAUGGUGUUGUUCUUUCACCAGAGGGUACACAAUGUCUGGUUCUCUCUAUUUGUGAUGUCUGCUGAAGUUGAUACUCAAUGCCUAGAUCUACUCACUGAUUUAUUGUGAGUUGGAGGAUAUUCUAAUUCUAUCAUUUCUCUUUCAUUUAUUAGUUAGAAAAUAAAGAGAUGUUUCCCCACAUCCACUAUUUGGCUUACCACUGGUCAAGUUUGUAUAAGAAAGGGAAACUAAAUAUUUGUAUUUUCCUCUCAUUGACUAAUUUUCAAGAUAAUAAACUUGUUUCCAAUUACCUUCCAGAGAUCACUUUUUUUCAGUGUUACGAACUCAUGGCUUCAAACGUAUUUGAUAGGCUUCAACCCAUUUCAAAUAUUACCUUAUUUAAGUUCAAAUUGUCCCCAUCUUUUGCCAUUGGGAGCCUUACCAAGUUGCCUCUGAGUCAUUUUGACACUACACUAACUGUCUUUAUUACCUUCCUUGCUAUUUGGAAGACAAGAUAUUCCAGGCUCAACUUGGUGUGUUUCCUGCCCCAGACAUGGAAUGAGCCAUUUCUCUAAGAAGCCUGGUUACUUUCAGUAAGAAAUGGUAUUUCAAAACCAUCAUCAGGGCUCUGAGAAUGCUCAUUGCUGUUAGAUUGGCCACUGUUUCUAGGAGAGUGCUAGGAAAUCUCUAUUUUUUAGUACAAUAAAACACGUGAGUUUAUUGUGAAACUUCCAAAUCAAAUUGAGUACUACACAGUUUUUCUUAAUGCUUCUAAUACAACUGUAUUUCCAUUUUCUAUACUGAGAAUCCUGGUUUUCAAGGAUCUAUAUAGGGCACGAUAGAGUUAGAAUAUCCCACAAUUACUCAUUUCCUUUACUUACCUUACACAUGCAGCAGCCUCAGAAUAACAAUGCUAAUACAAUCACCACCAAUUUGAUAACUGAAACAAUUAAAAUUUUUCCAUUUGCCUUUCCCAUUCUUUGUUUUCAGAAGUCAUACAAUGUCAGCGUUUCCAGAACAUACUGGUAUAACAUACUAUACUCUCUCCCUUCUAACCCCUAUUUAGUCUUAGUUCUUCGAGUAACUGUAUAGUCAGUGCUUGCUACUAGUGAUUAUCUGAUGGCUCUAUUUUUCAUGUCUGGCUCUUUAAUGACACAUCCAGGAUGCAGAAUGACGUCUCUGUAGUGUAAGCAAGCAAAGGAAGCUAUGAAGACUAGUGAUAACAACUGAGGAUAAAAUAGUUGGCCGUAGUUAGCUUUUUAAUUGUCAUCAUUUAUGAACUUAGUUCCUUACACAUAAAUAUAGUCAUAGUCACGGUGCCCCUAAUUUUUUAUAAUAAAUUAUCCAAAUUAUCCUUUCCUUCUUUAAAGACUUGAUUACUAUUCUGCCAUCCACUGUGAAGUAUUUAGAAAAAGGUAAACCCAGAUGAAAUCUG